UGACUGUCGGGUCAUGAGUGGCGCCGGCGCAGAGCGAGAGGGAGGCGGGAACGCCGUGAGCAAGAGCGGUAGGCUGAGCGGAGAGCCAAAGUGCGGCGGCGGAGUUGGUCCUGCGCGGCAGGUGAUGGCGCCCCCCGCGGCCUAGAGGUCCAGCGCCCGGAGACAGUCCUUCCGUUGUAUCCGACCAAGAGUCCUGGUCACUUUGAACAUGUUGGUGCCGCUAGCCAAGCUGUCCUGCCCGGGAAAGACUAUCAAGGAGAACAGAGGCAGAGAAGGGACUCAGAAAUUCCAGAUACAGGAAGAAGGGAGGUUAUCAGAUGGAGGAAUUUUUCUAAGAACACGGGAGAGAUAAGCCUCAUCAUUCAAGUAAAAGAAUUCACCUUAGUGGGGAGAAAAGACAUGUCUUCGGUUAUAAUCAGAGAGAAUGAACAAAAUACAGCAUAUCAGUGCUUUCAUGCCUUAAAAAUUAAGAGAAAUUAUCUACCUCUGUAUGCUACAAGAUGGUCUUCAACUUCUGUUGUACCUCGAAUUACUACCCACUAUACUGUUUAUCCCCGAGAUAAAGACAAGCGGUGGGAAGGAGUGAACAUGGAGAGGUUUGCGGAAGAAGCAGAUGUAGUAAUAGUUGGUGCAGGCCCUGCAGGGCUCUCUGCUGCUGUUCGGCUAAAGCAGUUGGCUGCUAAACAUGAAAAGGACAUUCGUGUGUGUCUAGUGGAAAAGGCUGCUCAAAUAGGAGCUCAUACUCUCUCAGGGGCUUGCCUUGAUCCAGGUGCUUUUAAAGAACUCUUCCCAGACUGGAAGGAGAAGGGGGCUCCACUUAACACUCCUGUAACAGAAGACAGAUUUGGAAUUUUAACAGAGAAAUAUAGAAUUCCUGUGCCAAUUCUUCCAGGUCUUCCGAUGAAUAAUCACGGCAAUUACAUUGUACGCUUGGGACAUUUAGUGAGCUGGAUGGGAGAACAAGCAGAAGCCCUUGGUGUUGAAGUAUAUCCUGGUUAUGCUGCUGCUGAGGUACUUUUUCAUGAAGAUGGUAGUGUGAAAGGAAUUGCCACUAACGACGUAGGGAUACAAAAGGAUGGUGCACCAAAGACAACAUUUGAGAGAGGACUAGAACUACAUGCCAAAGUCACAAUAUUUGCAGAGGGUUGCCAUGGACAUCUAGCAAAACAACUAUAUAAGAAGUUUGAUCUGAGGGCCAAUUGUGAGCCCCAAACCUAUGGUAUUGGACUGAAGGAGUUAUGGAUUAUUGAUGAAAAGAAGUGGAAACCUGGGAGAGUAGAUCACACUGUUGGUUGGCCCUUGGACAGACAUACUUAUGGAGGCUCUUUCCUCUAUCACUUGAAUGAAGGUGAACCCCUAGUAGCUCUUGGUUUGGUGGUUGGUCUCGACUAUCAAAAUCCAUACAUGAGUCCAUUUAGAGAGUUCCAGAGGUGGAAACACCAUCCCAGCAUUCAGCCAACAUUGGAAGGUGGAAAAAGGAUUGCAUAUGGAGCAAGAGCUCUCAAUGAAGGUGGCUUUCAGUCUAUACCAAAACUCACCUUUCCUGGUGGUUUACUAAUUGGUUGUAGUCCCGGUUUCAUGAAUGUUCCCAAAAUCAAAGGUACCCACACAGCGAUGAAAAGUGGAAUUGUGGCAGCAGAGUCUAUUUUUAAUCAACUAACCAGUGAAAAUCUCCAAUCAAAGACAAUAGGAAUCCACGUAACUGAAUAUGAAGACAAUUUGAAGAAAUCAUGGGUAUGGAAAGAGCUAUAUGCUGUGAGAAAUAUAAGACCAUCCUGCCAUGGAAUAUUGGGUGUAUAUGGAGGGAUGAUUUACACUGGAAUAUUUUACUGGAUAUUUAGAGGAAUGGAGCCAUGGACUCUAAAACAUAAAGGUUCUGAUUCUGAUCAGCUUAAGCCAGCCAAGGAUUGCACACCUAUUGACUAUCCAAAACCCGAUGGGCAGAUCAGUUUUGACCUCUUAUCAUCUGUGGCUCUAAGUGGUACUAAUCAUGAACAUGACCAGCCAGCACAUUUAACCUUAAAGGAUGACAGUAUACCUGUAAAUAGAAAUCUGUCGAUAUAUGACGGGCCUGAGCAGCGAUUCUGCCCUGCAGGAGUUUAUGAAUUUGUACCUUUGGAACAAGGUGAUGGAUUUAGGUUACAGAUAAAUGCUCAGAACUGUGUGCAUUGUAAAACAUGUGACAUCAAAGAUCCAAGUCAGAAUAUUAACUGGGUGGUACCUGAAGGUGGAGGAGGACCUGCUUACAAUGGAAUGUAAACUGCAGCUGAUUUCAUUUACAGGCAGAUUUGAUAGCUAGUUUCUUUAAAAUGUAUAGCAAGCUAACUUUAAAAUGUUUAAAGCUUAACAAAUGUCAAAAUAUCUUACAUUGGCUGGCCGGUUAGCUCAGUUGGUUAGAGCACAACCUUGUAAUACCAAGGUCACGGGUUCAGAUUCCCAAACUGGCCAGCCGCCAAAAAAAUAUGUAUAUAUAUCUUACAUCAUAUUAUUGAUCAGAAUGUUCACAAAAUACUCAUCAGUGCAACAAAAAUUUUAUAUCUAAUAUUGUCCCACAAAAAAUUACGAAUAUUCCUCUUAAAUAAAACUAUACAUUAUGUUGCAUCUACUUAGCUCUUCAAAGAUUCAGUCCCAACAGCAAAAUGCACUGUUGGACUUUACAAUUGACUUUCCAAAUUUAAGUCUUUGAGUCUAAAAAUGAAUGUUCUAGACCAGGGGUCAGCAUCCCACUCAAAUGAAUAAAGUUUUAUUGAAAUAAAA